AUGGUUUUCCCUAUUUUACCUCUUUAUGGAAGCAAUUCCAUUGAUAUCGUAAAUAAGAAUAGGUUUUUGUUGUUAGCUGGUCAAUCUUUAUUGGAUUGCGUUUCUUUCAAUGGUCAAGCUCAGAUUAUUGAUUUUGUACAGAAGUUCAAAGAGUUGAAAUUAGUGUCUAUCUAUUUGAAUGAUCUCAAUGAAUUCUCUGGUGACGAUGUUGUCAAUUUAUUGAAUAAUGGUAUUUCUACUGUCUUUACGAAACAAGCCGUUUUGAAAGAAUCAUUAAUUAACGAAUUCAAUGUGCCAGCCGAAAGAAUUGUUUUGUUCGAUUCGAAAACUUCGUCUUAUCCAAAUAAAUUCGUUGUAGUUGACGAUUUCAAAGAGUCAAGAAUCAUCAAUGCCCAGGAUAUUUCACUUGGUUUAUUCCAAGAUAGCAUCAUCAAUGCCAUUAGAACCGACCGUGACGAUAAACUAUACACUACAUUAGUUGUUGAUGAGUACGAAAAAUGUCUUGGUUUGGUUUAUUCGUCAUUGGAAUCGAUCAAAAUCGCAACUGAAAAAAAAAUCGGCUGUUACUAUUCAAGGUCUCGUAAUGAAAUCUGGAUCAAAGGCUUAACUUCAGGUAAUACUCAGGACCUAGUAUCGAUUGAAAUCGAUUGUGAUGGCGACUCUUUGAAAUUCGUUGUCAUUCAAAAUGGUAACAAUGAAUCUGCAAAACCAAGUUUCUGCCACUUGAACACAGAAUCUUGUUUUGGUGAAUUGAACUAUGGUUUACAAAGUUUGGAGAAAACAUUAAAGGAUAGAUUAAUUAACGCCCCGGAAGAUUCAUACACGAAGAGGCUGUUCAAUGAUGAUGAUCUAUUGAAUGCAAAGAUCAAAGAGGAAGCUGAAGAAUUGACAGAAGCAGUAACUUCAAAAGAAUUAUCUUGGGAGGCUGCUGAUUUAUUCUAUUUCGCUAUGGCAAAACUUGUUAAGAAUGGUGUUUCAUUGAGGCAUGUAGAGAAUAAUUUGAAAAUGAAACAUUUGAAGAUAACAAGAAGAAGAGGUGAUGCUAAACCAAAAUUUAUUCAAAACAAAAAACAAAAAGUUGAAGCAAAAGUUGAAGGUGAAAGAGAUUUGACAAAUAAAAAAAUUUACUUGAAUGUAAUAAAAUCAAGCAACAAAGAUGACGUUGAGAAAGCCAUCUCAAGACCAAUUCAAAAGACUUCUGAAAUUAUGCACUUAGUUAACCCAAUUGUACAAAAUGUCAAAGAAAAGGGCGACAAAGCCUUAUUAGAAUACACUGAGAAAUUUGACGGUAUUAAAUUAUCUACUCCAGUGCUAUGUGCCCCAUUCCCAAAAGAGUAUUUUGAAGGUUUAACUCAAGAAAUGAAAGAGUCUUUAGAUUUAUCAAUGGAAAAUGUUAGAAAAUUCCAUGCUGCGCAAUUGCAAACUGAAACCAUGGUUGUAGAAACUCAACCAGGUGUCGUUUGUUCGAGAUUCUCUAGACCAAUAGAGAGAGUUGGUUUAUAUAUCCCAGGUGGUACUGCUAUUUUACCAAGUACAGCCUUAAUGCUGGGUGUACCAGCAAAAGUUGCUAAGUGUAAAGAAAUUAUUUUUGCCUCCCCACCGAGAAAGUCAGACGGUAAGGUUUCUCCAGAAGUUGUCUACGUAGCUUCAAAAGUAGGUGCAUCUAAAAUUGUUUUGGCAGGCGGUGCUCAAGCUGUUGCAGCAAUGGCUUAUGGUACCGAAUCGGUUCCAAAAGUGGACAAAAUUUUAGGUCCUGGUAAUCAAUUCGUUACUGCCGCUAAGAUGUAUAUUCAGAACGAUACACAAGCUUUAUGCUCCAUCGACAUGCCAGCUGGUCCAAGUGAAGUGUUAGUUGUCUGUGAUGAAAAUGCUGAUGCCGAUUUUGUUGCCAGUGAUUUAUUAUCACAAGCUGAACACGGUGUUGACUCUCAAGUUAUUUUAGUAGGUGUUAACUUAUCUGAAAAGAAAAUUUUGGAAGUGCAAGAUGCCGUAGAUAGACAAGCUAACGAAUUACCUAGAGUUGACAUUGUCAGAAAAUGUAUUGCUCACAGUACAAUCAUAUUAUGUGAAUCAUAUGAAGAAGCCUUUGGCAUGUCCAACAAGUAUGCACCAGAACAUUUAAUUUUACAAAUUGAAAACGCCCAAAAGUACGUCAGUCUAGUCGAUAACGCGGGUAGUAUCUUUGUUGGUCAAUACACCCCUGAAUCAUGUGGUGACUACUCCAGUGGUACUAACCAUACUCUACCUACCUACGGUUACGCCAGACAGUACAGUGGUGUCAAUACCUCAACUUUCCAGAAAUUCAUCACCUCUCAACAAAUCUCACCAGAGGGUCUACAAAACAUUGGUAAAGCUGUAAUGUGCGUUGCUAAAGUAGAAGGUUUAGAUGGCCACAGAAACGCAGUUAAGAUUAGAAUGCAAAAACUUGGCCAAUUGCCAACCGAUUUCGAAUAA